AUGGCAAGUGUUCUUCGUGGAGUUUUUAAAACUCGUGUUCCUAGAACUUUAACCAUUCCAAAAUUCGCCAGAUCAUUCAAAACAACAUCUAUUCGUUUUGAUGAACAAGCUGUUAAACUUCCACAAACAUAUGAAGAAGAAAAAGUAAUCAUUGAUGAAAUUAAUAAAUCUUUACCAGAAGGUGAUAUUGAAGCUUCUAAAAGAUUAAGAAAUAUUGGUAUUUCUGCUCAUAUUGAUUCCGGUAAAACUACUUUCACUGAACGUGUUUUAUUUUAUACUGGUAGAAUUAAAGCCAUUCAUGAAGUUCGUGGUAAAGAUGCCGUUGGUGCUAAAAUGGAUCAUAUGGAUUUAGAAAGAGAAAAAGGUAUCACUAUUCAAUCUGCAGCUACUUAUUGUUCAUGGGAUAAAGAUGAUAAAUCUUAUCAUUUUAAUUUAAUCGAUACUCCUGGUCAUAUUGAUUUCACCAUUGAAGUUGAAAGAGCUUUAAGAGUUUUAGAUGGGGCUGUUUUAGUUGUUUGUGCAGUUGCUGGGGUUCAAUCUCAAACUGUUACUGUUGAUCGUCAAAUGCGUAGAUAUAAUGUUCCAAGAGUUACUUUUAUUAAUAAAAUGGAUCGUAUGGGUGCCAAUCCAUGGAGAGCUAUUGAACAAAUUAAUACUAAAUUGAAAAUCCCAGCUGCUGCUAUUCAAGUUCCAAUCGGUGCUGAAGAUAAUUUGCAAGGGGUUGUUAAUAUUAUUGAUCGUGUUGCUUUGUAUAACGAUGGUGCUCAAGGGGAAAUCAUUAGAAAAGACGAAAUCCCUGAAGAUUUGAAAGAAUUGGUUGAAGAGAAGAGAGCAUUAUUGAUUGAAACUUUAGCUGAUGUUGAUGAAGAAAUGGCUGAUAUUUAUUUAGAAGGUGAAGAACCAACUGUUGAACAAAUUAAAGGUGCCAUUAGACGUGCCACUAUUGGUAGAAAAUUCACUCCUGUUUUAAUGGGUUCUGCUUUAGCUAAUAGAGGUAUUCAGCAAGUUUUGGAUUCUGUUGUUGAUUAUUUACCACAACCAAAUGAAAUUUUAAACACUGGGUUGGAAUUACAAAAAGAUGGUUCUGAAAAACCAGUUCAUUUAACACCUUCUUCUUCUGAACCAUUUGUUGGUUUAGCAUUUAAAUUAGAAGAAGGUCCAUAUGGUCAAUUAACUUAUAUUAGAGUUUAUCAAGGUAAAUUAAAAAAAGGGGCUUAUAUGACUCAUGUUAAAUCAGGUAAGAAAGUUAAAGUUUCAAGAUUAGUGAGAAUGCAUUCUAACGAUAUGGAAGAUGUUGCUGAAGUUGGAGCUGGUGAAAUUUGUGCUACUUUUGGUAUUGAUUGUGCUUCUGGAGAUACAUUUAUUGGCCAAGGUGCACAACAAGAAAUUACCAUGAGCUCAAUGUUUGUUCCAGAAGCUGUUAUUUCAUUAUCUAUUGCUCCAAAAACUAAAGAUAAUGGUGCAUUUUCAAAAGCAAUGAAUCGUUUCCAAAAAGAAGAUCCUACAUUUAGAGUUCAUUUUGAUAAUGAAUCUAAAGAAACUAUUAUUUCCGGUAUGGGUGAAUUACAUUUAGAAAUUUAUGUUGAAAGAAUUAAACGUGAAUACGGUGUUGAUUGUGUUACUGGUAAACCACAAGUUUCUUAUCGUGAAGCCAUUACUGUUCCAACCACAUUUGAUUACACUCACAAGAAACAAUCUGGUGGUGCCGGUCAAUAUGGUAGAGUUAUUGGUGAAUUUAAGCCAUUAGAAAGUGAAAAUAAAUUUGAAACUCAAAUUGUUGGAGGUAAGAUUCCUGAAAAAUUCUUGUUUGCAUGUAACAAAGGAUUUGAAGAUUGUUUAGAAAAGGGUCCAUUAAUUGGUCAUAAAGUUUUAGGUGCUCAUAUGAUUAUUAAUGAUGGUCAAACCCAUGUUGUUGAUUCUUCUGAAAUGUCAUUUAGAACUGCUACUCAAGGUGCAUUUAGACAAGCUUUCUUGAAUGCACAACCAGUCAUCUUAGAACCAAUUAUGUCUGUUGAAGUCACUGCACCAAAUGAAUUCCAAGGUUCAGUUGUUGGUUUAAUUAAUAAAUUAGGUGGUAUGAUUAAUGAUACUGUUAAUGGUCCUGAUGAUUUUACUGUUACUGCUGAAUGUUCAUUGAAUUCAAUGUUUGGUUUCUCUACUUCAUUAAGAGCUUCUACUCAAGGUAAAGGUGAAUUCUCUUUGGAAUUCCUUAAAUAUUCCCCAACUGCUCCACAAGUUCAAAAACAAUUGAUUGCAGAUUAUGAAAAAGCACAAGCUGCUAAGAAAUAA